GGGCGCCCGCCCGCCCGCCGGGCCCGCAGCGUCUUGGCCGAGCGCAAAGCGCUGUAUGAAAGCAAAUUAGGCUGCUCCGGCUUCACAUCUGUGGAUCCGACCUGACCUGAAGGGUCCAAAGGAGGACGGGGGUCAGCUCUGCCGGACCGAGACCUCCCGGUUCCCCGCAGACACCCCACAGCAACCUGACCCUUCAUGCAAGCGGCGAGGGGGCUGGGAGCGAAACACGUGGGACUCGCCCCCUGAGCAGAAAGGAAUUAUUCUUUUUCCCAAAGAGGAAAAGGGCACCAGGGUUCAGUCUGAAGUGCCCCCCCUCCCCGCCCCAGGCCCCCGUGGAUGGGCUUUCGGAAGGCAAUUAAAGACAUCCGCUCAGAGAGGACCUGGGCUGGGACCUGGGUCCGUAGCUUUCUGAGUGGCAGCCGGUCUUACACACGCUGCUGGCAAGUGUCAACUGCGGGGGGCAAAGGACCAGGUUAAGUGAGCUGGCAAAAAAAGAAAAAGAAAAAAACCCGCUUCCAAGUGGACCCAGGAAGCCAGGUUGUGGUGCCAGCGUCGAGGACCCCGGAGCGGGAGGAGACGGUGAAGUGGAACAUGACCUGUUGCGUUUGGCAGCUCCCCGCAGCAUGCUCGUAAGGAAGCGGCGCAGACACGGACCCUGCCGGCGGCAGGCGCUGCUCGCCCUCCUGGUGCUGGGGUGCGUGCUGCUGAUGCUGGGGGCCCUGCACCCGCCCCCGCACGCCCUGCCCCGGGCGCCCCCAGUCCCCCAGGCGGCCGCGCGCAGCCCCCAGGCCGCCUAUCGCCUGGACUUUGGGGACCCCCAGGAGUGGCUGCUGGAGUCCGAGGAGGAGGACCAGGAGUACGGCCCCCUGCCGCCCCUCGUCUCCCUGCGAGAGGACCAGCUCCUGGUGGCCGUGGGCUCGCUCAGGGCCGGAAGGAACCGGAGCCGGGGCGGGCGAGGCGGCGGCUACCGGCUUAUCCAGCGGCCGCACAAGCAGCAGGACGCGGCGGCCCCGGAGAGGGACUGGGCGGCCGAGGAGGAGGAUGGGGAGGACGAGGAGGCGUCCGAAGAGGGGGAGCGGACCGCGCUCAGCCCGGAGGAGGCGCCCAGUGCCCGCAGCCCCGCGCACAGAGGGGGCUCGCGGCAUCCGCUGUGCCUGCAGCAGCCGCCGCCCACGGACAGCCUGCCCACUGCCAGCGUCAUCCUCUGCUUCCACGACGAGGCCUGGUCCACCCUCCUAAGGACCGUGCACAGCAUCCUGGACACGGCGCCCAGGGCCUUCCUGAAGGAGAUCGUCCUGGUGGACGACCUCAGCCAGCAAGGACAACUCAGGAUGGCUCUCAGCGAGCACGUGGCCCGGUUGGAGGGGGUGAAAUUACUCAGGAGCAACAGGAGACUGGGCGCCAGCAGGGCCCGGAUGCUGGGGGCCGCCAGGGCCACCGGGGACGUGCUGGUCUUCAUGGACGCCCACUGCGAGUGCCAGCCGGGCUGGCUGGAGCCCCUCCUGGCCAGAAUAGCUGGUGACAGGAGCAGGGUGGUGUCUCCUGUCCUAGACGUGAUUGACUGGAAGACCUUCCAGUAUUACCCCUCCGAGGACCAGCAGCGAGGAGUGUUGGACUGGAAGCUGGAUUUCCACUGGGAGCCUUUGCCGGAGCGCGAGAGGAGGGCCCUUGCCUCCCCUGUCAGUCCCAUCAG